ACAUUCUAUUAAUAAUACAGUCAUAUUUAUACAUUCUAUUAGUAAUACAAAGCCUCUAUACAAGCAGGGCUGUGCCCUGCCCCCGCUAAUAGUGUGCAGGGCUCUCUCCUGCUGCCCUGCUGCAGGCUCUCUUACAACCGUAUUGUCAAUAAAAUGCACAGUAUUACUACAUUUAUAAUACUUUUCAUUGUACUGUCAAUGAAAUUUGAUUUCAGUGUUACUGUAGCUUCAGUAGAAACUCACAGUAUGCAUUUGGCAUUAUUUUAUUACUGUAACGUCAAGCUUGGCAAAUGUCUGUGAUAUUCUUUGAGCGCUGGAUGCGGAAGCAGGUAUCUUGUUUGUUUAUGUCCGUGUUAUGUCUGUGUUGAAGGGACUAUCUAUCUGACUAUCUGUACAGAUCCGCCUCCUUUUUUUUUUUUCGGCUGCUAUCGGUCUCACUCAGCCAUUGAAAGCUUUUCUCUGCUUUUUCCUGAGAAAAAAUGACUAGAGACCUGCGCUUGACGUCUUUUUGAUGAUGUCGGACCGGAAAGGGAAAAUUGUAAUGCUGGACCUGGUCCGCAAAGGGUUAAACUUUUUCAACAGAUAAAAUCCUAUGAUAUUAUAAAUUUAUUAAAAGAAAUUCUGUGUUCCUUCAAUAGUAAAGCCACUCCUGUUAUAAUGCCAGAUUGCAUUUGUCCCUUGAAUGCCCUUCAUAACACUGUAUUUAAAUAGAUACAUAAUUAUUUUUUCAGCAGCUACUAAACAGAAUCCGGUCUGCUGCCAUGGACAGUGUGAAGAUGGAAUCUGUCCAGAUUAAAGAGGAGUUUUCUGAACUUGAACCUGCCCCCAUUAGAGUGGAGUUCUCUGGGCUGGCUUCCCUCCCCAUUAAACAGGAGCUCUGUGAGAUGCAAUGUGACAGCAGUCAGCCAGAGGUCUCUGAGAUUAAAGCUGAGCACAAUGAAUUGGAGAUCCCCCAGACAGAAGAACCCCUUCCUGUUAAACAAGAAGAGGUGCUGGAAACUGUCCGUAUUAAACAGGAGCCCCCUGAAGUAGAGUUUGACCACAUGGAACCAGGGAAGGAAGAAUCUGAGGACUUCAAACCAAACAUCCUUGAGCUGGAGCCUGUACGCCUGCGGGAGUGUAGCGUGGUGCUGGAGAGAAUCUGCGUGAGAGAGCAAGGCGCUGGAGAGGAAGGCUCUCCCAACAGCACGCAAGGAGGUGGAAAGGAAGACGGGCGCUCCCAUUCAGAAUGCAGUCUAGCAGGUUCCAGUCCAGCAGCUAAAGCGAGGGCGGGCGGUGGAGAAUAUCCUGACUGUGGGAAAGGUUUCACCCAGUUAGGAAACCUGAAAACACACCAGCGAAUUCAUACAGGAGAGAAACUGUAUAGCUGCUCUGACUGUGGAAAGAAUUUCAGUGGUUCAGGAACCCUAAUAAGACACCAGCGAAUUCACACAGGAGAGAAACCAUUUUGCUGCUCUGACUGUGGGAUGAGUUUCAAUCAGUCAGGAGACAUGAAAAAACACCAACGAAUUCACACUGGAGAGAAACCAUUUUGCUGCUCUGACUGUGGGAUGAGUUUCAGUUACAGAGGAGCCCUGAAAGCACACCAGCAAAUUCAUCUAGGAUAUAGCCUGUAUUGCUGCUCUGACUGUGGGAAGAGUUUCAGUUUUUCAGGGUACCUGAAAACACACCAGCGAAUUCACAAAGGAGAGAAACCGUAUUGCUGCUCUGACUGUGGGAAGAGUUUCAGUCAGUCAGGAGCCUUGAAAAAACACCAGCGAAUUCACACUAGAGAGAAACCAUAUAUCUGCUCUGACUGUGGGAAGAGUUUCAGCCACACAGAAUCCCUGAAAACACACCAGCGAAUUCAUACAGGAGAGAAACCGUAUUGCUGCUCUGACUGUGGGAAGAGUUUCAGUCAGUCAGGAGACAUGAAAACACACCAGCGAAUUCACACUGGAGAGAAACCAUAUAUCUGCUCUGACUGUGGGAAGAGUUUCAGUCACACAGUAUCCCUGAAGGCACACCAGCGAAUUCAUACAGGAGAGAAACCAUAUUGCUGCUCUGACUGUGGAAAGAGUUUCCGUUUUAAAACCAAUCUUCAUACACACCAACGAAUUCACACAGGAGAGAAACCGUAUCACUGCUCUGACUGUGGGAAGAGUUUCCGUACUAAAAAUGACCUUCGAGUACACCAACGAACUCAUACAGGAGAGAAACCGUAUUGGUGCUCUGACUGUGGCAAGCACUUCCGUCAGGCAGGAGCUCUGAAAUCACACCAGAGACGAAGCCCAUGUUCAUUCAGAUCGAAACCUUAACCUUUCAUUAUGAGUCCCUGUGUAAUUUACUGUUUUGUGUAUCGCUCUAGAGCUUGAGAUUUAAAUGGUCAAAAUGCUGUUCAGCUCUCUUGCACUGUGACUGUGUCAGAAAGUGGGCGGAGACGCGGACGCGUCACAAGAGGCUUCUCUUUUUUGGAUAUUAAUCAAUAGUGGGUAUUGGCCUGAUUCAGCCCAGCAUGCUCUCUCUCUCAUCAGAAUGUGUUGACGUCAUAUUCCUCCGACAGACAAGAACCAAUCAAAACGCGAGACUGUUAAGCAGUUCCAUCCCCAAAACCGGGGCUGCGUCAUACCUCCGCGUCUUUUCAAAGAGAACAACAACAACAACAAACAAACGCCAGAAAUUUAAAAGAAAAAAGAUUGAGCUCCGCAGAGUUGUUUUGAAUUUAUUUAACAUUUUGUUGCGCGCCACUUGACAAGGCGAGGACGAUAAAAAAAAGAAAGUAAGUUCCAUGUUGUUGUUUUUAAUUGGUGUUUGGUUGUUCUCGACGCAGUGGUGUUUUGCUGUUAGCCGCGGGUUUUUCAGCCGGUCAGUGUUUCUGUGCAGCGCAGGUAUGUGAUGUUCUCGUCAUGGGUAGCUAGUAAUGUCAGCGCGGUGUUGAUGUGGUUUAACCUGCUGAACUCGGAUGCGCGCAACCUCUCGAUGCUCUCCUAGUGUC